GGCAAAAACAUGUCGCAGAUCGCACGUCACGCGAUCAGAAGUCAGAUGAAUGGAGCUGGCCUUGUCCACGUCGGUCGGAGGUUGCGGAUGGAGCGUACUUUCCACACCACGACAUGCAAGACCUCCAUCGAAUUUCGCACUCACGAUGCUACUACAACCGGCACUACAAAUACUAGCGAGUGUGAAAGGCUGCCGGUGGACCGAUGCCGUCGCUAUAGUAGUGCGACGAACCGCACCGAUGGAUUGAAGCCGUCGCGAUCUACCCCUUCACCAGCAACUCAAGCCUCAGCUCGCAUCGCGCCUUCAUCGACCCGUCAAAAAAGCGUACGGACGGAUUUGGAUAUGAUAAGCGUGCGGCAAAAGAUCUUAUCGAACACGGUGCUAUCGCGACAGCACAUGACACCGGAAAUCACACUGCACCUUAUAACUCCCGAUUGUGCCAUCUACCAUCAGCCAGUUGGCGCCGGCAGCAAUGGCGCCGAUACUGGUUUCUCCACGGAUCCGUUUUGGGGAUUUUUCUGGCCCGGAGGUCAAGCACUAACAAGGUUCAUUCUUGACACGGCCCACGUUUUCCGCGGGAAGUCUGUGCUGGAUGUGGGCUGUGGCUGUGGAGCUUCCGCGAUUGCAGCACUGAUGGUCGGUGCGAAUCGUGUUACAGCGAACGACAUCGACCCAGUCGCUUUGCAGGCCACAUUACUGAACGCUGAGCUGAAUGGGAUCACGGGUAAUCGGUUGGUGGUAAGCGGCGAUAACUUUAUCAGCAAUGGCGCCGACACCCAAACAAGCAACCAGUAUGAAGUGGUGUUAAUAGGCGACCUGUUUUACGAUACCGAGAUAGCAGCUGAUCUACACCCAUGGAUACAGCGGCUGGCACGUGCUGGGACGGAGAUUUUCAUCGGUGAUCCCGGACGGCACGGAAUUACGGAAACGGGUGUGCUGAGCGAUAUGGAACUGUUAACCCGCUACAAACUACCUGACAAUAUUUGCCUGGAAAACAGUGGAUUUUCCUAUGCCAAUGUUUGGCAGUUUCGUUUACUCGAAGAUGGCAAAUGA